CGAUCGCUCUUUUCGUCUCCUCGCUUUGACGCGCGUCAGUCGCCGCGCUGCGCUUUAUCGCGAUGGACGUUCUAAUGUUACGGUUGUUAUUGUCCAUCAUAAUCUUUGGAUUGCUCGUCUCGUCGUCCAGUCAAUAUCACAAGCAGAACACGUUUCAGAAUACUUUGGGUCACAUAAAACCGCAUACUCUUCCGGAAGUCCAAGCGGAAGCAGCAAAAGAUGUCGCAAGAAGACUGUUGGGCAAUGAAACCGCUAAACUCUUUGUUAUGAUAGUGGAUAAUAAUUUGGGACCCGUUGACAAACAAACUUUCAUGAUAACGAAAAAUCAUCUAGGCGAGAUCGAAAUUCGCGGCACCACCGGUGUGGCGAUCACGUGGGGGUUGAAUUAUUAUUUAAAGAACUACUGCAACGUUCAUGUGUCAUGGGACGGCAUGCAAAUCACCCUACCAAACGUGUUGCCAGAAGUCCGAGUGAAGAUCAUAUCCAAUGACAGAUUCAGAUAUUAUCAGAAUGUGUGCACUGCGGGCUACAGUUCAGCCUGGUGGCAAUGGCAGCAAUGGGAAAAGAACAUCGACUGGAUGGCCCUCAACGGCAUCAAUCUGGCUCUCGCGUUUACCGCACAAGAAGCGAUCUGGCAGAGACUGUUCCACGAGCUAAAUCUCACUCAGGUGGAAAUUGACGAGCACUUUGGCGGUCCCGCUUUUUUACCCUGGACGAGAAUGGGCAACAUACGUGGCUUCGGUGGGCCGUUGUCGUCGAAUUGGCAUAAUCGCACCGUACGUCUGCAGCAUCAGAUUCUACGGCGAAUGAGGGAUCUCGGGAUCGUCCCCGUGCUACCAGCGUUCGCUGGCUACGUACCACGAGCUUUCGCCCGGGUUUUUCCGAACACCAAUAUGACAAAGAUUGAGUCUUGGAGCAAUUUCGAGGAUGAUAAGUAUUGCUGUCCUUAUUUGUUAGAACCAACAGACCCAUUAUUUCAUACUAUCGGAGAAAAAUUCCUGAGAAUGUAUAUCGACGAAUUUGGCACUGAUCACAUUUACAAUUGCGACACUUUUAAUGAGAACGAACCCGUUAACAGCGAACUUGCCUACCUGAGCAACGUCAGUCAUUCGGUUUUCCAAGCUAUGACCGCAGUCGACCCUCAAGCAAUAUGGUUGAUGCAGGGUUGGCUGUUCGUGCAUAACUUUAUAUUCUGGACGGAGCCCAGAGUGAAAUCCCUCCUGACCUCCGUACCUGUGGGACGAAUGCUGGUGCUGGAUCUGCAGUCGGAACAAUUCCCGCAAUACGGCCGACUGAAGUCGUAUUACGGCCAGCCAUUCAUCUGGUGCAUGUUGCACAACUUCGGCGGCACUUUGGGGAUGUUUGGGUCUGCGCAAAUUAUCAAUCAGCGUCCAUUCGACGGUAGACAUAUGAAUGACAGUACGAUGGUGGGGAUCGGCUUGACACCCGAGGGCAUUAACCAGAACUAUGUAAUUUACGAAUUGAUGAACGAAAUGGGAUAUCGUCACGAGCCCGUCAAUCUCGACGCAUGGUUUGAGAGGUACGCCACUCGAAGGUACGGCGCUUGGAACGAAUACGCGGUGGCUGCCUGGAAGCGUCUUGGCAAAACGGUCUACAACUUCGUCGGCAUUGAGAGAAUCAGAGGGCAUUAUGUCAUUACCAGACGACCGAGCUUAAACAUUUCACCAUGGGUUUGGUACAAUCGAGAGGAUUUCUACAACACGUGGGACACGUUUUUAAAAGCGAGAUACGGUAGAGGCAAUAAUACUCUCUACAGGCAUGAUGUGGUUGAUAUAACAAGACAAGCUCUCCAACUAAUGGCCGACAAUAUUUACACGAAUAUAGUAGAUUGCUACAGAAAAAGAAACAUCACUGCCUUUCGGUCGCACGCAGCCGCCUUGUUGGAUCUCUUCGACGAUCUCGAGGCUAUCCUGGCAUCGGGAAGUAAUUUUCUGCUAGGCACCUGGUUGGCUCAGGCAAAAGAUAUGGCCGUCGACGAGGACGAGAGACAGUCUUACGAGUACAAUGCGCGAAAUCAGAUUACUCUAUGGGGACCGAACGGCGAAAUCCGAGACUACGCGAACAAACAGUGGUCCGGAGUAGUCGAGGACUAUUUCAAGCCUAGAUGGGCACUCUUUCUGGAGGCUCUUGAAAAAUCGCUCGUGGAAAGAACCAGAAUAAACAUCACGGAAAUUAACGACAGGAUGUUUCUUGAAGUCGAACAGCCGUUCACCUUCUCCACGAAGCUUUAUCCGGUAGAGACAAAAGGUGAUACUCUCGACAUAGCGACGAAAAUCAUUUCCAAGUGGUUGGUAAAGCAGAAUUAUAGCCACGUACAGAGACACGUACAGAGACACGUACGAGAAGAGAACCUAAAAUAUAAUCCACCUUCUUUAUUCGAUUAAACAAAAAUUAUCGUCGAUACACUCAAAUAUAAGUGACAAGAAGAAAAAGUAUGAUGAAGAGAAGUGUCGACAGCUUGGCGAAACAAAGCUAAUAAGCACGCAACAAUAAUAAAAGCGAUGCUUACAUUUUUAUGUUGUUGCAAUGUUUAUGUCGACAACGAAACGCAUGUAUACGGACUAAUAGAUAAUUUAAUAAAUUUAUCAGAACUUUCAAAAAAAUGUAAAAGCCAAUCUAAAAUUUUACGACAGGCUGCAAGAAAUGAAAUGAAUUGCAUCGUAAAAAAUAUGACCUUCCGUUUUUAUAACAAAAGAUGAAUUAUAACUUAAUUUUUAUAAGUUUAGAUUUUCGUUAUAAGAUUACUCUCUAACAACUUAUUACAGUCUUGCAUAUUAUUCCGAAACAAAGAAGUCUUUGACUAUGAACAUU